CCUCGACAACGUUCAGUUUCCUUUCUUAAAAGCAGUUUAAGGUCGCCAUAACGAUUAACAUAACAUUUCUGUGUAGGUUUUAUGUUAGCAAGGCAGUUCGGCGGCAUGUUAUUGAUCACCUUAAUUGAAUUUUAAAAACACGUGUAAAAUUCUCUUCAAUGCUGAAGCAUCACACGUUUUUAAACGCACACAAGCAUUUGGAAAAUAACGUCUGAAUUGUCGGAAGAUUAUCAUAGAUUUAAUGAAUUAUAAUGAGAUAACAACACUAUUGUUUCAUUGAGCUGUGUAAAAAAAAAAUCUGCGACUCUUAUGUCCAUGCCGACGAAGUCGCACCUCCGCCCACUUGAGAAAUUUUGCAUAAUAGGGAUCCUUGCCUUUGUUUGAAUGCUUUGUUAAUGAGUUUAUUUGUUUUUACCAGCCCGAUAUUCUAAAAGAACACAGGAGCUUCGGUAUUCUAUUGAUCUUAACUCACACAGGCUGUUCCGAGUUCUUGUAAGCACCGACUAUGAAAUCGUGCACGGUAUUUUCGUUUAUUCUUGCAGUUUUGGUGAAUGAAGGAUCCUGCAGAACCAGAUCCGAUCGUGGUAUCGACAGCAUUCUCGGACAAGAGUCCUAUCCUUUGUUGUUGGGUAUCGUCAAGAAAGGAGGCCAUCUUGGACUUGAGGAGUGUCGAAAUCAGUUCAAAAAUGAGAUCUGGAACUGCACACUGGACAACAAACAUGUUUUAAAGGAGUUGCCCAUUUUUGUUAAAACAACGCUUCCACACGCCACUCGUGAAACAGCUUUCAUCCACGCCAUUAGCGCUGCCGCCAUUACACACGAGAUCACGCACCAUUGCCGACGGGGCAACAUUCCCGGAUGUCCGUGCGCCGAGGUCAGGAAACAGCGAAAAAGCAAAGACGAUUGGCAAUGGGGCGGAUGCAGUGAUAACGUACGAUAUGGAGAAAAGGAGACCAAGCGCUUUAUAGACAGACUGGAGAAGGGCAAUGACGCUCGAACGGCUUUUAACUUGCACAACAAUGAAGUGGGAAGAAAGGUUGUUCGCGCGAGUCUGAACAGAGAGUGCAAAUGCCAUGGCGUCACCGGGAGUUGUAAUUUGAUAACUUGCUGGAAGCGGCUGGCGCCUUUCACCCUGGUGGGAUCCAAACUGAAGGAGAUCUACUAUAAAGCUGCACGGGUAUCAUUUCAAAACAACAUACUGCAAGAGAGAGUUAAAAAGCCACCAAGAGCUGUGUCUAGCAAGGAGAAAAAGCUGGUCUACCUUGACUCGUCCCCAGACUACUGCGUCAGGAACGACAGUGUGGGAUCUCCAGGAAUGGUGGGAAGGACAUGUCGGGAUGACGAAGUGUCCACGACCAAGUGCAGAUCUCUGUGUAACUCUUGUAAAAUGAGGCAUCAAACAGUUGAACUUUUCAAACAAGUUAAAUGUAACUGUAAGUUUGUUUGGUGCUGUAGCGUCAAAUGCCAGAUCUGUCCUAAGAAGUUUUCGGUGACAACAUGCACAAGAAGGUAACUUACUGCGCAUGACGCAAAGCCUCAAGGGAAGAUUCGACCAAUCAGAUUGCUACGAUAUUCAGGGUCUUUUAUCCAAUGAUGUUUUCCCGCCAAAAUGUACGGCUUCCGUCACAUAGUCACCGCGCUGCGAAUUCUUUCAUCCCGCGAAAAAAUCCGUCAGCACGGGUUUAGAAUGGAAAUUGCCUUACUUUUUCGAUUUAACUACUCUAGAUGUAGCGUCUUUUCUGGAAUAAGUACCCCUCCUUUAAAUGUAUUAUAAAUGUAAAACAUUCCUAAUUGAAAUUAAAAGACUAAAAAGCAGUCUUAGUGAGGGUAUGAAGUGAGAAAAAAAUAACGCUUUUUAAAAGAUAAAAAUUGACGAGGGGAAAACUGAAAUUUCUCUGCAAAAUGAAAACAAAAAAACAAAAAAACAAAAAACAACGAAAUAUCAGUGGUUGAACGCAUGCUAUGAUAGGAUAGCCAAGAAUAUUACUCGGAAAUAUUGUAUACAUGUUGAUUAUUUGUCAUGGUGGCAGUUAGGUAUUCAGUCAAGAGGGAGCCGCAAACAGUUUCUCAACCGGCCAUUUUCGUAUUCUCGGUAUUGGACUGGAACUAGCUUGCAAUGGAGGCUCAUGCGAGGGAAUACCCGUAUUAGCCUCAGUUGCAAGCUAGUUCCAGUCCAAUACCGAGAAUACGAAAACGGUCUAUUAAUUGUGCUCGUAAAAAGAUGCUUUUCAGUUGUAAAAGUUAUCUUCAUAUGUAUAUAUAUAGGCUAAGUUUGGUUUAACGUUCGAGCUGUGUCGCUAAUUAGAUGCAUGCUGAUUUACAAAUGCUCUAUUUGAAGCUGAAUUGACGCUGAAAAAGUAUGAAAUUAUUUUAAUCUAGUUUCAUUUAAUGGAGUGAUGGAAGCCAUGUAUAGGUACUGCGAUAUCGCACAUUCAUCCUCUAUGUCAGGUAAAGAAGACUCUGUUAAAUUUGUUUAAAACUAAUAAACAUUGAACAUAGUUGAGAAACCUUGCCUUUUGUAGGUGGAUAAUUAAUAAGAGAACCUGGAGGAACAUUGCGUUAAAAGGGAGCUUAAGCAAACCAUGACGACGACAGCAACGAGAACGUCACCAAAAAAAGGUUUAAU